CUGGUAUAGGCCAGUCUCUCUCCUCUCGUAAUGAUUCGCCAACAAACCCAACAAACCCCUUCAACAAUACCACUUUCAACUCUCUGUAGGCUAUCCAUAACAACAGUCCCGAUCUCCUCACUCACCACGGAGGCUUUUUAAAAAUUUUAAAGUGCGAUGUAUUAUAAAACAACACAAUUCACAUUCAAAUGGCAAAUGAUUGAUAUCCCAGAGGGACGACACUGUUGACGAAAAAACGCGGGUAGUCUGCUUCUCUUUGUUUGCUCAAUAAGGAGAACUUCCGAGCAAUCGCCAUGACGAAGUCGACCUCUAGAAAUCCCUUCAUCAACUAUUACCUGAAGGUGGCGCGAGGCAUGCGCGGCAGGCGUGUGACGUACAUCGCCAAGGUGGCGGCGCGGCGCUGGCGCGCCAUGAGCCAGACCCAGCGCCUCGACUACUACCGCGCCUGCGGGGUCAGCUACAACUGGGGCAGCGCCCUGCCCUCCGGCCGCCGGCGCUGCAGCUCCGGCCUCCACGGCCGCGCCCCGGCCGUCUCGCGCAGCCCCUUCAUCAACUUCUUCGUGCACAUGUACAAGCAGAUGGGGCGGGACAUGCCGGUCACCAAGGUGGCCCGCAUGGCGGCGAGGAGGUGGAGGUGCAUGGGUGUUCCCGAGCGGCGCACCUACUUUGAGGCGGCCUGCCGCUUCGGCUACAGGCGGAGCAGGAGAUCCAGUCGUCGCAGGCGAUAGACCGGGCCCGACGAAGAAGAGCCUUCUCAUCUCUCCAAAUUUACUGAGGAAGAAGUAAAUAGCCGUGCGAGUAGUUGGAAUACUAUGUUCUGUUGCUGCAUGUCACAUUUAAAUUGAUGGUUUCGUGUAAUCUAUUUUCGUCUUUUUAUUACAAAGAACUGUACUAUAUAUCUUGAAAACAAUUAAAAUGCUACGAAAUAAGGAGUAAAAUUAACUACAGGUUGAAAAAUUAACAAAUGUUAGAUUACAACUUUUGGGGGGAUUUAAA